CUUCUUCCCCUCUCUCCUCCUCUUCUAUACUCUAGCACUACCAGACACAGACCUAUUCGCAUUAUUAUUAUUUCAAGACCAUGGACAAGCAUAUGUCGUAUUUGCAGAAGCACGCUAGCGUGACAAAGUCGCGCAUCAGCAACUUUCUGGCGGACAACCAGUGGAAGGAUGUGAACAUCCAGGCCAGUUUGUACGAGCAGCGCGCCAGUGGGGCACCGCACGUCAGGCUGGAGGUGUGGUCGGCGUCGGGGCUCGAGCGGCCGACGUUUGCGGAGGCGGUCAAGCACGAGUUCAAGGAGACCAGCGUGGGCGAGUCGUUUGGGCCAUCAUGGUCGACGCACUGGUUCAAGGUUUCGCUGCAGAUUCCCGAGUCGUUUGCGGGCAAGCACGUGCGGCUGCUGUUUGACUCGAGCAGCGAGGGAAUGGUGUGGACGGCAGACGGGCAGCCGCUGCAGGGCCUGACGGGCGGCGGGGGUGGCAACCACCAUGUGGACUACGUGGUGGCAGACCGGGCCACGGGUGGGGCAACGCAGACGCUGUUUGUGGAAGUGGCCUGCAAUGGCCUGUUUGGCAACGGUGACUACACGAUUGGACCGCCGCAUGUAGACCGGCGGUUUGCGCUGGCGACGGUGGAGCUCGUGGUGCCGCGGGCCGAGGCGUGGGGGUUGUACCACGACCUGACGGUGAUUGCGCAGAUGGCCGACAAGCUGCCGCAGGACUCGCCGCGCGCAUGGGCGGCGCUGGCAGCAGCCAAUGCCAUUGUCAAUGCGUUUGAGGCUAGAGACGCAGCAACGCUGGGGGCGGCGCGCGGGAUAGCCAGCGAGUUCCUGGCGGCUACGGGCGGGCAGGGCAACCACCAGGUGUAUGCCAUCGGCAACUGCCAUAUCGACACGGCGUGGCUGUGGCCGUACGACGAGACGAAGCGAAAGAUUGCCCGUAGCUGGGCGACGCAGCUGGACUACAUGGAGCGGUUCCCCGAGUACAAAUUUGCUGCCAGCCAGGCACAGCAGUUUGCUUGGCUCAAGGAGCUGUACCCGGGGCUGUUCAAGCGCGUGCAGGCCAAGGUCAAGUCGGGGCAGUUCAUUCCGAUCGGAGCGACUUGGGUCGAGAUGGACUGCAACCUGCCGUCGGGCGAGUCGCUGGCACGGCAGUUCCUCCUGGGGCAGCGCUUCUUCCGCGAGCACUUUGGCGAGACGUGCCAGGUGUUCUGGCUGCCCGACACCUUUGGGUACUCGUCGCAGCUGCCACAGAUUGUGCGGCAGUCUGGGGCCAAGUACUUCUUCACGCAGAAGCUGUCGUGGAACAACAUCAACAAGUUCCCGCACACGACAUUCCGGUGGGUGGGGCUGGAUGGUAGCCAUGUCCUGACACACAUGGCGCCGGCUGAGACAUACACGGCACAGGCCACGGCCAGCGAGCUGAUCGACAGCGUCAAGCGGCACCGCGACCUGGCGUACUCCAACGAGAGCCUGUAUCUGUACGGCAAUGGCGACGGCGGCGGUGGUCCGCUGGAGGCCAUGCUGGAGCGCCUGCGUCGCAUGGGUGACGUCGACGGGCUGCCACGUGUCAAGCACUGUCACCCUAACGAGUUCUAUGACCAUGUCGAGAAGAGCGCCAAGCAGCUGGUGUCAUGGAAGGGCGAGCUGUACUUUGAGCUGCACCGCGGCACUUAUACGUCGCAGGCGGCCACCAAGAAAUUCAACCGCCAGGCCGAGUUCCUGCUGCGCGACGUCGAACUCCUCAGCGCCAUGGCCGCCCGCAGCCCUGCCAGCGCCUUUGCGUACCCGGCCAGCGAGCUGACGCGUCUGUGGCAGCUGGUGUGUCUGAACCAAUUCCACGACGUCAUCCCCGGCUCCAGCAUCGAGAUGGUGUAUGAGGACAGCGACAAGAUCUACAACGACGUCAUUGCCUCAGCCAAGAGUCUGAAGGAGCGCGCGCUGACAGCGCUCUUUGCCUCGCCAGCCAGCGAGCCCUCGGGCGUCGUGUUUGUCAACACCACUGCGUGGCCACGCACUGAGAUCGUGGCCGUGCCGCAGCUCAGCGCAGGCACUGCUGGCGUGCAGCAGGCCAGCAGCCGGGGCGGCGCUCUGGUGGUGGCAGCCAACAUUGCCGGCGUCGGCGCCAGCGUCGUCGAUUUAGCCGCGCAGGCCGAGGUGGUGCCGGUGACAGCGUUCAUCGACAAGGCCGGAAAUGCAGUGCUGGAGAACCUGUAUGUGACUGCGACUAUCUCGCCGCAGGGCCAGCUAGUGAGCCUGCGCGACCGCCACGCUGAGCGCGAGCUGAUCCCAGCUGGCGCCAAGGGCAAUGUGUUUGAGCUGUAUGACGACGUUCCCCUGUUCUGGGAUGCCUGGGAUAUCGAAAUCUACAACCUUGAAAAGUAUGUCGAGCUACCGGGUGCAAAGCUGGCUAUCGUCGACGAGGGCCCGCUGAUGGCGACGGUCUCGAUUGAAGUGCCCAUCAGCGACGGCAGCUCCAUCCGCCAGUGGGUGUCGCUGAGCGCAACGUCGCCGCGCCUGGACUUUUCUACCGACGCUGAGUGGCACGAGAGCCGCAAAUGCCUCAAGGUGUCGUUCACCUGGGACAUCCACAACGACAUGGCCACGUAUGAGACCCAGUACGGCGUUGUGCAGCGCCCCACCCACCGCAACACGUCGUGGGACAUGGCCAAGUUUGAGGUCUGCGCCCACAAGUUCGCCGAUCUUUCAGAGUUCGGCUACGGUGUGGCGCUGCUUAAUGACUGCAAGUACGGCCACGCAACGCUCGAGAACACCAUGACGCUGACGCUGCUGCGCAGCCCCAAGGCUCCCGACGCCCACUGCGAUAUGGGCCACCACACCUUCCGCUACGCCGUCUUCCCGCACCAGGGCUCCUUCAACGAGUCAGCUGUUGUCCAGGAGGCCUACCAGUUCAAUGUGCCACUGGUCCAGCUGCCCGUCGAUGUCGCUGCCGCCAGCGUAGCCAGCACCCCGUACUUUGGCGUUGCUGGCGCCCCCAAUGUCGUCCUGGACACCGUCAAGGCUGCUGAGGACGACGCGGCUUCGGUCGUUGUGCGUCUCUACGAAGCGUAUGGCGGCCAUGCAAAGGCCACCCUCACCACUGCCCUCAAUGUCAAGAGCGCCCACCUCACCAAUAUCCUCGAGGAGAAUGCUGCGAGCCUUGAUGUCCUGAGCACCGGCUCUCAGAAAUCCAUGACUAUCAACUUUACGCCUUUCCAGGUUGUCACUCUCAAGCUCUCCCUCUAACAUCUUAUGUUUUCUUACUGGAACAGGUUUUUUCUUCACAUAAUAUCAAUUAGCUUGGCACUGCUUGUCUGCGUCGAAGAGACCCGGAUUUGCUAGUGCCUGCCCCUGCAUCUGCCUCCGGGACCAUCUGCUCCUCAACCACAGCACUGCUGGGCCCAUCGUCUUGGACCAGCUCAACAUUCAACUCUGGGAUUUCCACGCCUUCGCCCUUCCUGCUCGCCUCUGCCUUGGUCUCUGCGAUCCUCUGCGCUGCGGGUGAUGGCGUCAACGACCGCAUACCCCCCACCUCCUCUCGCUGUCCCUGGCGCGACCUUGUGUAAGCCUCCAGCACCGACCAGGCAACUGCUGUGAACGCCAACUGCCACACAACCGCCAGAGCCACAAACAAAACUGCUGUGGGCGUGCGCCAGUAGAACAUCCAGUAUCUUAGGCCCGAGAACUCUGCCAUAAUGACAAUCCGUGCCUUAUAUACCUGCACCGG